UUUUUGACGGGCGCUCAGAGCACCAAAGCAAGAGCAAGCUCUCAACAACAAUCUUCCGCCAUUCAACGACAACCCUCGCUCGUUGGGAGCCAUUGUUGCCGUUUGCUCCAGAGAGAUUUCUAUUGUAUCUCUGAUACACACAUGCACGGCCAGUCAACAGCCGCCAGUUGAUUGAUUGCACUGAGCAUUGUGUUCGUCUUUCCCAUCUUUUGUGCCCUUGAAUUCCGGCCAUCUUGAGUCGACCGACUUCUCCCCUCCCCCCAACGGGCAGCCUCGCCUCGACUCGACUCGACACGACACUCUGCGUGUUUGUUUUUUCAUUGCCAUGAGAUAGAACCAAUCACAAGAGCAUCAAUCAAUCUCGCCUUCUCACCGUCACAAUGGCUUUGCGGUCCGAGUCGCAACAGGCGAUACUCUCGUCUUUGGCCCCUCGCUUGCGCACCUACCAGAAUGCUCUGCUCCAGCCUGUGAUUCCCAGCGCCGUGCCGGCGAACCCUCUGUCGCGAACCACCAAGCGAGGAACGACUAUAAUCAACUAUGCCGAGGAUGGGUACGAUGAUUACGACGAUGAUGACGACGACAACCGUCGCCGACCUACCGGUUUGCGCAGCCUCCGUCGCGACGACAGCGCCUCCAAAGUAGACCCCAGCGAAAAGGUCGGCAAGGAAGCUGUCGCCCCAGUUGAGAUGCAGGGCAUCUGGCGCGACUGGAUGAACAGGACGCGCCGGGCAGAUGCCCAAAACUAUGCCCAGGCUUGUCUCCCGCUGACGCUGAUCCCGAUUCGCAUCGAUCUCGACAUUCCAAGCUAUACACCCCCGCCUGCCCUGCCCGUCGGUGGCCAUGCCGACCCAAAUCACCCCUUCUUCAAACCCCAAGAACCAACAGUGCCUUACCGUCUACGCGACACCUUCAUGUGGAAUCUGCACGAGACAGUCAUCACAACCGACCAGUUUGCCACCACCUUGGUUCAGGACCUCGAUCUUCCCAACCGUGCCCAGACCAUUUCAGAAAUCAGCAAGCAGAUUCGGACACAGCUUGAAGAGUAUGCCGGUGUUGCGCUUCAUCCUCUUUUCCACUCGCACAGUUCACGACCCAACGCCGCCGAGCCCUUAAAAGCUUCGAUCCAUGUCGAGUCGGCCACUCCGGCCCCUCAAAACCUUGCAACCUCUUCCCUCAGCCGAGCCAAUACCCCCCACGUUCCCGUGACACCGUCCAAGUUGGGGAAUGCCCCAGCGACGCCGGGCGCGAUAUCUGAAGGAGAAGGCGUGACCGCCAGCGCUACCCCGCUUGAAACUUCAGCUGAUAACUACGAGAGCCCCGACGAUACCUAUAGAUGCAUCGUCAGCCUUAACAUCAACUUGUCGUCACAGGUGUACACCGACAAGUUUGAGUGGUCGCUGCUGCACCCGCCGGGAACGGCCGAGCUCUUCGCCAAGCAGACCUGUAGUGACUUGGGUUUGUCUGGCGAAUGGGUACCGGCCAUGACGCAUGCCAUCUAUGAAGCUGUCCUACGUCUCAAGAAGGAAGCUUGCGAGUCGGGUGGUUUGGUUGCUGGCUGGGUUGGCGCCUCGUCUGCUCUCACUGCCAGCGGUGGUGUUCUGCCUCCAGGAGGAGUGAUUGAGUUCCCGAAUGAUGCUGUCAACCCCAGCGGCGCAGGUGCUGGCUGGCGCUAUGAUCCUGACGGUCUUGCCGAAUCCUGGGGCCCUCGUUUGGAGUAUCUCAGCAAGGAGGAGAUUGAGAAACGGGAAGGUGACCGGGAGCGCCAGAUUCGUCGGCUGAGGAGAGAGACCGCGCGCUUCAGUAGUAAUACUGGGCUGGGCGCCGGUGGCGUGCCCGUUGGCUUCGGCUUCACCGGACUUAUUGAGCAAGAUGCGGAGGAGAGGAUGGGGAGAGGUGAAAGGAGCAAAAAGAAGAAGCGCUUCAGGAGUCUGUCGCCGGUCGGCCGAGCGGGCACUCCCGGUGGAUAUAGGGGUACUCCAGAUGCCACGAGCGGUGCUGGAGGUUACGGGGGUGGCGGAACACUUGCUGAGCAUGAGAGGAACACUUGGCGGUGCUCCCACUGCAAGGUUUGGGGGACAAGUGUUUGGGCUGUCCGGGAUGGUCCUUAUGGGCCAAGGUCUCUUUGCAACAAUUGCGGGUUCAUGUUUGAGCGCGAUCGCAAGCUGCCUCGUUUUACACUGAAUCUACAUCUUGGUGAUGCCAAGCCACUCUAGGUAAGUGGCAUGAGCAAAAGAACCACCAGACAGAGAGAAACUUUUGGAUACAACGGUGGCGGAACUGGCCGGGCCCAUGAUGAGCAGCCGGGCUUGCGUGUUCCUAAUCAUGCUGGUGCUGAACAGGGCCCAUCGUCGUCCUUAACCCCGUUCGUCGAUGCUGCCCAUGCUUCUGAUACCGAGCCGAGCGAGAUCAACCUUGUCCAGUCAGAUGUUACCCCCGGCCGGCGGAGGUCCAAGAGAAUCCGGACAAGAAAGUCAAUGGACGUUACCACGGCGCUGGCGAGGCAAUCACCGACCCCGAGGAAGUUGAGGAACCGUCCUGCUGCGAGUGCAUGCCAUGCACCUUCGCCGGCCCUCGUCUGGCCGCCUAUUAACCAACCAGUUUAUUAUCCUCAGCUGCUGCCUGCACACGAGGCGGCAGUUUUGCCUCCCAAUCAUGUGCUUCCCAUCCAGCUACAGCAUGCCUUGCAUCAUCACCAUCACAUGGAUAACGGCCCGCCAAAUUCAUUUCAACCCGUCUUUCCUCACCAAGAGGUGGCGUUGUUUGAUCCGGGGCUGAUGCAGUAGCUUCAUUGGUCGUAAUCAUGGAGUAAGGCUCCAUGAAUGGUUGGGGGCCCUUCAUUUUCUUUUGCAACACAUUGUACUUGCCACCACCGCCUUUGCGUUACGACUUACGGGAUUGGGUUGUUGAGACCUUGGUUUUUUUCUUCCUGGGUGCAGAGCGGUGAACAGAGGGGGCGUUUGGAAAUAUGCUUAACACGGGGGAGGCGGCAUAAAAAAGGGAACUCAAGGUUAGGAGGGCGGACAUUUCUUUUCGGCGAUACAUGGAAUUUGUUUGAGUAUUUGGAGUGCGCCUCAUGAGGUAGCCCUACUCACUCACCGGGUCAGAUCAAAUUGUCUAUAAUACAAUUGCUGUGAGCUGUGUCUUUUUAUUUCCCCCCUCCGGUUAUCAUCUAGUAUUUCUAUUGCUCUGUCAAGUAUCUUUACGC